AUGGCUUCCCUUCCCAUUGUCACCACACCAAAGCUACAUGUCCCUCAGCCUAAACCCAUAGGAUCUUCAAAAUUCACCCAAACCAAUCUCAUAAAACUUCAAGAAAGUGAUAAAAGCCACCAAACACUAUUCAGUUCUUACUUCAAACACAUUUCUUCUUUGUGCAAAGAUGGCCAAAUUCAAGAAGCUGUGGACCAUCUCUCUGACAUGGAGUACGAAAAUCUCCCCAUUGGACCUCAAUUCUACGGUGAACUACUUCAGGGCUGUGUAUACGAGCGAAACCUCUUAUUGGGUCAGCAAUUUCAUGCAAAAAUAAUAAAAAAUGGGGAAUGCAUUGCCAAAAAUGAGUAUAUUGAGACAAAACUGGUGAUUUUCUAUGCAAAAUGCGAUGUCUUCGAUGUGGCAAUCCAUUUGUUUCGCAGACUCAGGACACAGAAUGCGUUUUCUUGGGCUGCCAUUACUGGACUGUAUAGUAGAAUGGAUCUCUGUGAAGAGGCUUUGUUGGGUUUCUGUGAAAUGAUAGAAAAUGGAGUUUUGGCUGAUAAUUUUGUUGUGCCAAAUGUGUUGAAAGCUUGUGGUUCUUUACAGUACCUUGGUUUUGGCAAAGGAGUCCAUGGGUAUGUGGUGAAAUUGGGUUUUGAAGAUUGUGAUUUUGUUGCAAGUAGUCUUGUGGAUAUGUAUGGAAAAUGUGGAGUCCUGCGUGAUGCUAGGGAGGUGUUUGAUAAUAUGGUUGACAGAAAUGUGGUUGCUUGGAAUUCAAUGAUCGCUAGUCAUGUGAAAAAUGGGAUGAAUGAGGACGCGAUCACUGUCUUUUAUCAUAUGAGAAUGGAAGGAAUCGAACCGAGUCAUGUCACGCUGGUGAGUUUACUUUCGGCUGCAGCCAAUUUGCGUGCUGUUAAAGACGGUAAGCAAGGUCAUGCACUUUCUAUUGUGAUUGGGUUAAACUUAAAUGACAUUUUGGGUAGUGCCAUUAUAAAUUUUUAUUCAAAGGUUGGUUUGGUUCAGGAUGCUGAGCUAGUCUUUAGUAGGAUGGUUGAUAAAGAUGUGGUGACAUGGAAUUUAUUAAUAUCCUGUUAUAUGCAACAUGGUCAGAUUGAGAAUGCACUCAAUUUGUGCCGUCUUAUGAGAUUAGAAGGCUUUAGGUUUGAUUCCGUUACUCUUGCGUCGAUAGUAUCUGCUUCAGCUGAUACAAGUGAUAUACAACUUGGCAAAAAGGGACACUGUUAUUGUAUCAGAAACAAUCUUGAAACUGAUGUAGUUGUUGCGAGUACCAUAGUGGAUAUGUAUGCCAACUGCGGAAGAAUUGCUGAUGCUAGACUAGUUUUUGACUCCACAAUGCAUAAAGAUCUUGUGUUGUGGAAUACACUUUUGGGAUCUUACGCAGAAUUGGGUCUGAGUGGUGAGACUUUGAAAUUGUUCUAUCAGAUGCAGUUAGAGGGCGUGCCGCCAAAUGUGAUAUCAUGGAAUUCUGUGAUUCUAGGAUUUUUGAGAAAUGGCCAGGUCGAUGAAGCCAUAGAUAUGCUCUCACAAAUGCAAUACCUUGGUGUCGAGCCUAACCUAAUCACUUAUACUACUCUUGUCACUGGUCUGGCUCAAAAUGGAUUUGGCAGUGAGGCAAUCAUGCUAUUUCAGCAAAUGCUAAAUGCAGGGAUCCGACCCAACAUUGUAAGCAUUGUGGGUGCUCUCUCAGCUUGUACAAGUAUUGCAUCAUUGCAGUGUGGAAGAAUCAUUCAUGGCUAUAUUGUGAGGCAAGAACUUCCUUUGUCCAUUUCAGUUGCAACUUCUUUAUUGGAUAUGUAUGCUAAAUGCGGCAAUAUGCAUCAAGCCAAAAUGGUGUUUGAUGCAACUGUAACCAAGGAAUUGCCAUUGUACAAUACAAUGAUCUCUGCUUAUGCAUUGCAUGGCUGCACUGAUGAAGCUCUUGCACUGUUUAAACAUCUAGAGAACGAAGGUAUCAAACCAGAUAGCAUAACCUUCACAAAUGUCUUGUCAUCAUGCAACCAUACUGGGUUGGUGAAUGAAGGAUUAGACAUCUUUGGUGAUAUGGUCUCUGUAUACAAUGUGAAGCCAAGUCUGCAACAUUAUGGUUCCAUGCUGCAGGCAGGUGGGAUAAAGCUUCACAAUUGAGGGAUGCAAUGAAAGGAAAGGGACUCUGGAAGAGUCCUGGACAAAGUUGGAUUCAAAUUGGAACAGAAUUUCAUGUGUUUGUUGCUGACGACCGAUCACACUCACAAAUUGAGGAAAUUUAUUCAACUUUGGCUUUAUUGGUCAUGCAAAUGAGAUCAAUUGAAUAUGUUCCAAGGUGAUGAAUUCAGAA